AUGGUGGAUCAACAAAAUCAUCAAAUUAUUGGUAGCAGCGGCGCAAACCCAUUGCUCCCACCACCAUCACAGCCCGGGCCCCCACCGCCGCCCCCACCUCCUCAGCCGCAUGGCGGAGGCGGAGCUGGAUCAAUCCGCCCAGGCUCCAUGGCCGAGCGAGCUCGUCUCGCCAACAUACCCAUGCCUGAAACAGCCCUCAAAUGCCCUCGUUGUGAGUCAACAAACACAAAGUUUUGUUAUUUCAAUAACUACAGCCUCUCCCAGCCCCGCCACUUUUGCAAGACGUGCAGAAGGUAUUGGACGAGAGGCGGCGCGUUGAGAAACGUCCCGGUAGGCGGCGGCUGCAGGAGAAACAAAAGAAGCAAAUCCACCAGCUCCAAGUCUCCGGCGAGCAGCGACAGGCAAACUAACCCCAGUUCAACAAGUAAUAAUAAUAUGUCUACCAACAGCGGCACCGCUAACAUAUUAGGCCUUACCCCACAACUCCCGCCUCUCCGAUUCAUGUCUCCUUUAAGCCAACUCACUGAUAAUUUCACCAGCGAUAUGGGCUUGAAUUUCAGCGGAAUUUCAGCUCCGGCUGUGGGGACAAACGAGAUGAACUUUCACGGAGCCAGCAAUUUACUCGGUGGCGCCGGAGGAGUGGCUUCACUUUUAUCAAGCAGCGGUGGCGGCAUUGAGUCGUGGAGGUUGCAGCAGGUUCAGCAAUUUCCAUUCUUGGGUGGUUUAGAGGCAUCGCCGUCGGGGAUAUACCAAUUUCAGGGCGGGGAAUCUGCAGGGUUCAUGGGAGGCGAGACGAGUCAUCAGAUGAGGCCUAAACUCUCGAGCUCAAUGCUAAAUCAGCGGUCAUCAUCGGUGAAAAUGGAAGAAAACCCUGCAGAGGCGAACUUGUCGAGGCAGCUAUUAGGAGGAAUGGGUGAGCAGUGGAAUACAAGCACAGCUUGGACAGAACUUUCCAGUUUCAGCUCUUCUUCCACAAGCAAUGCCUUGUAGAAGUCCUGAGGGAAAAUUUACAUAAUCUGUAAAAUUAAGCAGCAGCUAGUUCAUCAGCCAAAGAGAUCACUACUGAAAACAGAUCGUCCCCAGGUGAAAAACCCUUGUGGGCAAGAUGGAUAUGGAAGCCUUUACACCGUAAUUAAACUGAUAUUGAUGACGAAUAUUGAGGCUGGAAAACCCUAGAACUGGUAGGUUGGUUUGUUUUUAAUUUCAUUAAUUUUUGAUUUGUAGCCCUUGCUAAUUAUAUGUACGUCUUUGUGGUGCCUGAGAGUGUUAUUUCUUGUAGUUUAUAAUUUAUGUUAGAAAUGGAGUUCUAAUAUUGUGUUUAA